AGACAGACAGACAGACAGUAUUUAUUAAUGGAUUUAUUUCAUUUCACCUAGACGUUAUUUCUCCGUCCCCUCUCUCUCCAGGUCUUCACUUCUGGUCCCAGUGGCUCCAGUCUGCUAAUGUGGGCGGCUGCUGGUAACCAUGGAAACCAGUGGAGCUACGCUAACGUUAUCCUCUCCAACCCGGCAGAGUUCACAGUCUCUUUCCAGGCGGAGGUGGGGGGGGACGUGUGGACGGACAUCGCUCUGGACGACCUCUCUUUCACCAAAGAGUGCACAGCAGGAGGUCCGGUGACCCCCCAGCCCGCGACCUGUUCUGGGGACCAGUACCAGUGCUUGUUCUCCCCUCAGUGCAUCCCAGAGAGCUGGAGGUGUGAUGGAGAGCUGGACUGUGGGGAUCAGUCUGAUGAAGACGAGUGUCCGGCGGUGGUUCCCGGGACUCUUCCUCCUCAGGAUCAGUGUGAAGACGGACAGUUUCAGUGUUUAAACGCUGUGUGUCUGCCGUCCGUCCUGCGCUGUGACGGCGUCUCCGACUGUCCACACGGAGAGGACGAGAACAGCUGCC